ACCUGUGUUCAUUCCAGUGUCAUAUUUAUACGUAGUGGGAAGAGAACCGUUGUUUUCCUUCUUCUCUCUUGUCAUUUUCCUCCGGAGCCGGGCGGGGUGUCGCUGAGUGCGGACGCUCCUCCACCUACUGCUCCAACUGUUUUGGACUUUGAGCUGGUUAGCGUUAGCCAAACUUAGCUUCAGCUCGCAGGUCUAGCCUUGCACACAUAGGUACUUCCUGUUUAGCCUACAUUCACCUGUUGUGACAGUUAGCUCCUUGCCUAAAGGUCUACUUCUGCAAACCCAUAUUAGUAUUACCGCGGUGAGGAAAAUACUGUGGUGACUGUACGGGCUGCCUACAGCGCUGGGCGGACAGGAGAGGGAAGGGGAGAGCUUUAACCCUGGUCUCCCCAGCCGACCCUGAGUAAACCAGCCAGCCAUGGAUGACAGCUCCUCACUGGGAAAAGUUAGCAGCUCUACCGAGUCCGUGGCCACCGUCACCAGUGAGGAGUUUGUUCUGGUACAGUCCAGUGCUGCCGGGUCACCGCAGGGCUCCGAGGGCAAACCAAGACUCAAGAUGUCCUGGAAUGGAAGUGAGCAGCUGGAAAAAGCUAUGGAGGAGGUGUUGGAUGAUAAUGAUGAUGAGGUGAAAGUGGAGAAGAGCAGUGUGGAAAAGAUGGAGAAGCACAGGGACCCAGAGAGCCAAAUCCUGGAAUCCCGACCUCCAGAAGCAUGUCCAGCACCACCCAGCCCCACGGUCCUGGAGGAAGACAGUGUCCAGUUUAACAAGCUGUCCUACCUGGGCUGCACCUGGGUCAAAGCCCCUCGCAAUGAGGCAGAGGCGCAGAAGGCCAUGGCCACCCUGCGAGCUGAGAGUGCUAUCCCCAUCCCCAUCACCCUACAUGUCCCUUGUGGACCAGAUGGCUCUGUCAGGAUUGUGGACCAGGCUUCAGGUACAGAGAUCGCGUCCUUCCCCAUUUACAAAGUGUUGUUCUGUGCUCGUGGACGAGAGGGCUCAGUGGAAAGUGACUGUUUCUCCUUCACCGAGAGUUAUCGAAGUUCUGAGGACUUCCAGAUCCACGUCUUUUCCUGCCACAUUAAAGAAGCUGUCAGUCGUAUCCUGUACAGUUUCUCCACAGCCUUUCGGCGUUCGUCUCGGCCGGCAGACAUCAGGGACACAGCGCUGUCCAGUCCGCCCGACAGCGACCUCUACACCUUCACAGUCUCACUGGAGGUCAAAGAGGACGAUGGCAAGGGCAACUACAGUCCGGUGCCGAAGGACAGAGAUAAGUUCUACUUCAAGCUUCGACAGGGCGUCCAGAAGAAGGUUGUGGUUUCAGUUCAGCAAAUGUGCAACAAGGAGCUGGGCAUUGAGAGGUGUUUUGGGAUGCUGCUGAGUCCAGGACAGAAAGUCUGCAACAGUGACAUGCAUCUCCUAGACAUGGAGUCGAUGGGGAAGAGCUCUGAUGGGAAGGCCUACGUAAUCACAGGAACCUGGAACCCCAACAUGGCAGCCUUCCAGGCACUGAAUGAAGACACACCUAAAGAUAAGCAAGUCUACAUGACUGUGGCAGUGGACCUGGUCGUGACUGAAGUGGUGGAGCCAGUUCGCUUCCUUCUGGAAACGCUGGUCAGGGUCUAUCCAUCAAACGAACGUUUCUGGUACUUCAGCCGCAAGACCUUCAGUGAGACCUUCUACCUCAAACUCAGACAGCAGGCACCAGAGAGGGUGGGUCAGAGUGAUGCUGUGUAUGAGGUGAUGAGUCUUCAGAGGGAGGCAGAGAGAAGCAAUGAAGGAAGAGGACGACUGACCUCGCCCACUGAGGAAGAUGAGGUUGAUGAAGAUAGUGACAGUGAAAUCUCCAGUGGGACUGGAGAUGUUUCCAAAGACUGUCCUGAGAAAAUCCUUGAGUCCUGGGGAGGAAUCCUCAACAGAUGGCAUGCAAACUUGUCCACUCGUCCGAAGGGUCUGCCCUCAUUGGUUCGCAGUGGCAUUCCUGAGCCGCUCAGAGCUGAAGUCUGGCAGCUGCUGGCCGGUUGCCACGACAACCACGACCUGCUUGAGCAUUACCGCAUCCUCAUCACCAAGGACUCAGCCCAGGAAGGUGUCAUCACCCGGGACAUCCACCGUACCUUCCCCGCGCACGACUACUUCAAGGACUCUGACGGAGAUGGACAGGAUUCGCUGUACAAGAUCUGCAAGGCGUACUCUGUCUAUGAUGAGGAAAUUGGUUAUUGUCAGGGUCAGUCGUUCCUCGCUGCUGUUCUCCUGCUGCACAUGCCUGAGGAACAGGCCUUCUGUGUGUUGGUGAAAAUCAUGUAUGAAUACGGCCUCAGAGCUCUCUACAAGAACAACUUUGAAGAUCUCCACUGCAAGUUCUACCAGCUGGAGAGGCUGAUGCAGGAACAGCUUCCAGACCUUUGGUCCCACUUCCAGGAGCUGAACCUGGAGGCACACAUGUAUGCCUCCCAGUGGUUUCUUACCCUCUUCACUGCCAAGUUCCCCUUGUGCAUGGUGUUCCACAUCACUGACCUGCUGCUCUGCGAGGGUCUGAACAUCAUCUUCAACGUAGCCCUGGCCUUGCUCAAGACAUCUAAAGAGGACCUUUUGCAGGCAGAUUUUGAAGGGGCUCUCAAGUUCUUCAGAGUCCAGCUCCCUAAACGCUACAGAGCUGCAGAGAACGCCCGAAGGCUUAUGGAGCAGGCCUGCAACAUUAAGGUUCCAACCAAAAAGCUGAAGAAGUUUGAGAAGGAAUAUCAGACACUGAGAGAGAGUCAGCUGCAACAAGAAGACCCCAUCGACAGAUACCAGAGGGAGAACCGUCGUCUGCAGGAGGCCAGUAUGCGACUAGAACAGGAGAAUGAUGACUUGGCCCAUGAACUGGUCACCAGUAAGAUCGCCCUCCGGAACGACCUUGACCAGGCAGAAGACAAAGCUGAUGUUUUGAACAAAGAGCUGCUGAGCACCAAGCAACGUCUAGUGGAGACCGAGGAGGAAAAGAGACGACAGGAGGAGGAGACGGCUCAGCUGAAAGAGGUGUUCAGGAGAGAGCUGGAGAAAGCAGAGUUGGAGAUCAAGAAAACCACAGCAAUCAUAGCUGAAUACAAACAGAUCUGCUCCCAGCUGAGCACCAGGCUAGAGAAACAGCAGGCGGCAACAAAAGAAGAGUUGGACAUCGUCCGGAGUAAAGUAAUGGGCUGUGAGCACUGUAGGGACCUGUUCAGCACCCUGGGGACCCUUCAGGCGUCAUCCCCUGGCAGGGACAAGGCAUCCACCGAGCCGCUGGAUGAGGAGAAGGAUGGGCUGAAGGAGCAGCUGAGGCAGCUGGAGCUGGAGCUGGCCCAGACUAAACUGCAGCUGGUGGAGGCCAAGUGUCGCAUCCAGGAGCUCGAGCAUCAGCGGGGAGUCCUGAUGAACGAGAUCCAGGCGGCCAAGAACUCUUGGUUCAGCAAGACUCUGGGCUCCCUGAAGAGCUCUGCCUCCUCGUCCUCCAGCUCCACAUCCCAGACUCCGUCCUCUCCAAAGGAAGGUCCCCCCUAGACGACCAACCCUUCCCACCCAAAUCCCGACCCCGACCCCGCCCCUCUUUUCCCUGCAGGAUGCACACUAGAGCUAAGGAACAAAAGUUGAAGAAACAAGCAGCAUAGAAAUGCAGUAUUCCUUUUCCGAACGGUGGCAAAGUGGAGCUCAGCAGCUUCUUUGACUGCAAGUAGCUGAAAAGAUGAGGGAAGAAACAGGCGGUGGACUGGACCAGUCACCUGUUUUUCUCUUUAUGUUUACGUUUGAGUGAACUAAAAAGUGUCUGUUGACCUUCUCUGCUUCACAGGUGAUGAUACAGGUGAGCAUGAAUCAUCAGUGAGGCUUGACGUUGAUUUAAAGGGUCGUCGCUGACACAGUUGAGUUGAGUUGGUUCUCUAAGCUCAUUAUAAGAAAGCUGAAUAAAUCUAAAAGAUGGCGUCCCUCAUAGCUCAAUAAUUUAGCUCCACCUUGUGGACAUAUAUUGCUACUGUAUAAUCAUAUUAUCUGAGUGAUUAUUAUUCUUAUUAGUUUUUAGGUAGAAAGUGAGAAUAAAAUCUACAUUAAGUCUCACAAUUUGGACAAUAUUUUCAAUGAUAGUGAUAAAGCUACAUCAUAUAUAUAUAUAUAUAUAUAUAUAUAAAAGUUUGCUGCUUAAAAAUAGAAAAAUCUACAUGAACCAUCUUCAGCGCAGCAAAGCCACAGCACUCUGAAAAAGGAAUACUGCAUCCAGUCUAAAACAAGAACAACACAAAGGUUGUAUUUCUUUACAGUAAUAUAACACAAACAAUGUUGUCAUAUAAAUAUGUAUAACUAAUUAUUGAUUUUUUAAAAUAAUCUUGUACAGUUCUUUAAGAGAAGAAAAAGAAAAACAUAAGGAAAAGUUCUUUGUUAAAUUUUUUUUCUACUGUUUGGAAUUUGAAUGUCAUCUCUAAUGGUGACGUAAGCACAGUGUGUGAUCGAUGUGGUCGAGUCCAAACGCUGAAGAGCCAAAGUGACAAAGCGCAACGAUUUUUAUUUGAAAUAUCACAGAUUCAAUUUUUUUUUUCCAGUUCCAGCUCAUGCCUGUAAGUAUUUAAAUGGAUUUUUGCAUCUCACUGUUCACACAUGUCUAACAUGCAACCAUCAUUUUUUGAAAAGUCUGAUUAGCUGACAGCAAAAAGGCGCUCUUCACAUUCAGCGUCUGUUUUGUCAUUUUUAUACUUUUAAUGAUUCCGUUGGAAUUGGUAUAACAGAACGUGAUGUAGUGGUGAUAAUGUAAAGUCUCAAAUAGUUUAACAUACAGAUGCCGAUUGACCUUUUAUAUUAAGGUUUCUUUUUUUUGUAAGUCUCUCCCUGUCUCUGUUAAUUUAGUUUUAAAUUGCAGAGUGACAAACGGCUUCCACAGAGCCAGAUAACAGUGACAGUAAACAUGGAAGAACUGGGUUGAUCUGUCUGCAUCAUUUAACGCUAUGCACAGGAAGUAUUGGUUUUGACCACUUCAUACAUGCCAUCAAAGUUCACGGUAGAUAACAGAGUCGGCACACUGAAUUAGCCAUUUUACCUUUAUAAUACAGUGUAGGCUCUGAAGUAUCUGUUAUAUAGCACAAUUCAUCUCUAAAUAAACACCUAGCAUAACAUGAUUAAGCAAGACUACAUUGCAAUACUCACAUUACAUCAUUGACCAACAGUCUUAAGCUGUUUGCACAGCUGUGCCAACACUUUCUUUUCCCUUUGUCAUUUAAAAAAAAUCAACUUUUUUGUUACUGUUGUCAAUUUGGUCUUUAAAAUAAUGAGAACAUAACUGUGGGUGCCAAAAUCGUCCCUGUGUCCAUGGCGGACUGUUGGCAAUGCCGCUCAGUGCUGCCACUUCAGUGUAAAUUAUAAACUGAAUGACAACAGCCAACUGACAGCAUCUCGAAAAUGAGAAUUGUUGGAGCUUUAAAGCUAAACAGGAGGAAAUCUGAGUUUUCUGUAGGAAAUAAGUAAAAUUCACAUGCAUGGCAAAUUAACAUCUUACGUAUAGUUUCAUGGGACUACUUUAUCUGCAGCAAGGGAAGGUGUAAGUAACAUAACCAGCAGAUGGUGCCUCAUUUAAAAGAGUUAAAAAGAUAAAACUCGAACACAUUAGCUUGAUUGAUUUAAAAGAAAUGGGGAGAAAAAGAGUUCAUAUUUAGGACAUUGAUAGUUGCUAAUAUCUAAGGACACAGGGAUGAUUUUCUCAUCUGUAGUAAUUUGACAAACAGCAAUUAGCCAAAAAGUCUGUGUUUUGCUGUAACAUGAAUGCAUGCUAGCGCUGUUUUAGCCGUGCCAACAGUCCUGCUUUAUUCUCCACUCCUCCUGUCACUUAAAUCAGCCUUUGGACUCUGACUAAGCCCAUGUGUACUUGUGUGUGUGGGAGAGCGUGCGUGUGCGUUUUUGGAUGUAUGUAUGUACAUGUGUGUUCUCCACUGUAACUCAAGUGGUUUAAGUUGAAAUGGUUUCUUCUUCACGUGGCUGCCUUUUUUUUGUUAAAUGACUGAUGAGAGGAAAGCCGUCUGACUGUUUGAUAUGUCGGAGAGCGUCAGCUGUGCCAUAAGAUUCUCCCUACUGCUCCGUCCCCGGUGGUUUUCCUCUGUGCUCCAAGUUACCUGAACCAGCUCCACCAUCAACCAUGUCGUCUGGUCUUACAGAAGAACUUGCUGCAUAUCAUUUUUAGCAGUGCCCUGUUUUACACAUUUCCACCACGAGCUUCCCAGUACAACCACCAUCCUCCCGCUGGUGGCCAAUGAGCAGGUGGAGGAAAUGCACCAAUAUUAUGGAAAGGGAGAAGAAAAAAAAAAAGGAAGCUGACUGGCUUAAUAUCAUUGAAUUCCAGGUGUGUUUUGCAUUUCCAGGACAUUCCUUCAUUCCCUGUGACAGUUACAGUGUCGUACAACCAGUGUCAUGUAAACUGUGGCCAAGUUGAAGGGAGCUUUCCGUCUUUUUAUGUGCACUAACCCAACAUUGAUAUUUUAAACACUAUUUCAAGACGUGUGUUUGUUUGUUUAAAAGUUAUCCUGAGCACAGAGCAUAAUUAUUUUUUAACUGAUGAUUAUUGUUGCUGAGAGGACAGCUGCCAAUUAAUAAUUCACUCUAAUUCACAGUCGUUUCAGUGAUGGGCAGGCAGUGAGUCGGAUUAGAGGUGUGAUGUGUGUAGUUUGCUGUAAUACCACAGUCCUGUUACAAAGUGAGGGACUGCUCCUCAGCUGGCAAGACUCCAACACUGUUUGCUGUACAGUAACUGUCUGACCUGCAUUAAUAAAUUUCAGUUUUUCUGUUCA